UCGUUUGCGCCGCCCCCUGACUCGAGAUACAGAUUCCUAAGUGGGGACUGGCUGAUUUAUGGUGCCCCCCAGGGUCCAUCGUGGGGUCUGAUUGGCUGAGGAAGCAGCACUACUGGUUUGAGGGAUAGCGGGCUACUGAUUCACAGACCAGGAGAGAGUGAGAGAGAGAGAGAGAAAGGUAAAGACUAUCAUAAAGAGUCAGAAGCAGCUCAUCUCAGACAUGAAUAAUCGCUCCAUAGCCUGGUGGCUGAAACAGAUAGGACUGCCCCAGUACACCAAGUCACUGGAGGGAGAAUACUACGGUCUAGAGGGUUUGCUGUAUGUAUGUGAUGUAGAUCUGAAGGAGGCAGGAGUAGAUGAUCCCAGUCACAGAGACACUAUACUGUCUCAGCUGCUGCGUCACAGACAGACACUAGACCCACACUCUGGUAUGGUGGAGGAGCUGAGGGUGAGCAGGAAGUAUUCUCUGGGAUCGUCUCUGGACCUGGUGAAACCCAGGAAGGAUCUGUUCCGUCAGAGUGUUCUGCCCCGCCUUCGACGCAAGGUCACAGUCUCCGCCUCCUGUUCACAGCUCCACCCACUGGAGGAGGGGCUCAGCCCAGGACUCGCCCCCGAGCAGACAAGGAAACGCAGUAAGAGGAGGAGUGUCACUGCAUACCUGAGUCAGCUGAAGGUGUUUGGAGGUAGCAGGGAGAUGGACUCUCUGAAGAAGGAGUUGGAGGAGGAACUGAAGCUAUCUACUGAUGACCUGAGGAGUCACGCCUGGUACCAUGGACCCGUAGGCAGAGAGGUACACACACACACACACACCUCUGGUACCAAGACAGGGCACCCCUCUGGUACCAUCGACCUAUACACAGAGAGGUACACACACCACCUGGUACCAUGGACCCGUAGGCAGAGGGGUUACUCCCGUGAGCUUUCCAGUUUGAAGGGGAUCGGUGCGUUUCACGGGGUGGACGUCAUCCUGUCUCCCAGGCCUCUGGCGCCAUAG